UUUACGUUGUGAACGGCGUGACGCAAACGUUGAGGAAUUGAGUGAAGACGUCUACCUUGAGUGUUUGACCAGCUGUCCGGGAGGUGGAGUUGAGUGUUUUGACUGUGAGUGAAUCCAUUGCCCUGCAAAAUGGAUUUCCAACACAGAGCUGGGGGCAAGACGGGGAGUGGUGGGGUGGCGUCCUCCUCGGAGAGCAACCGGGACCGGCGAGAGCGGCUCCGCCAGCUGGCCCUGGAGACCAUUGACAUCAACAAGGACCCCUAUUUCAUGAAGAACCAUCUGGGCUCUUAUGAGUGUAAACUGUGUCUGACACUCCACAACAAUGAGGGCAGCUACCUGGCCCAUACACAGGGAAAGAAGCAUCAAACGAAUUUAGCAAGAAGAGCAGCCAAAGAAGCAAAAGAAGCUCCCGCCCAGCCAGCCCCCGAAAAGGUGAAGGUUGAGGUCAAGAAAUUUGUGAAAAUUGGUCGACCGGGGUACAAAGUAACAAAACAGAGAGAUCCAGAGAGCGGGCAACAGUCUUUACUUUUCCAGAUUGAUUACCCAGAGAUAGCAGAGGGCAUAGGACCCAGGCAUCGCUUCAUGUCUGCAUACGAGCAGCGCAUCGAGCCCCCAGACCGUCGUUGGCAGUACCUUCUACUGGCUGCAGAGCCCUACGAGACGAUCGCCUUCAAGGUGCCAAGCAGAGAGAUUGAUAAAGGCGAGAGUCGCUUCUGGACCCACUGGAACAAAGAUACAAAACAGUUCUUCCUCCAGUUCCACUUCAAGAUGGAGAAAGCCCUCGCCCCACCCAGCGGACCCGUACCCCCCAUGGGUAUAAAGCGCCCCCCUCCCCUGAUGAGUGGGAUGGGGCCUCGACCCCCCAGUGAGCCCAUGCCCCCUCCACUUCCAGGGGGGAUGAAUAUGCCCCCUUUACCCCCUGGCGCCCCCGGCCCUCCCCAAAUGCACCACCACCAUCAAAUGCAACACAGUGGCCCCGGGAUGGGUAUGCCACCCCUGAUGAGACCCCCACUCCCCUCUGACAGCCAUGAAGGAAUGCCCCAUCGAAACAACUGAUCUCCAACCAGCACAUCAUCCUUCUGUUAGAUUGUUUGCCUAUCAUUUGGUUGCUAUAACAGUGCCCUGUUUUAGGACUAUGUCAAGUGUACUGUUUCAUUGUCCGAUGUACUUUUUCUAAACUCUGGAAGAAACUUUGUAUACCUACAUAUAUUCUACAGAUGUAAAAUGGGCCAUAUUCAAUAGGUUUUGUACACAGUUGCCAAGGCAUUGUAUUUAUCAUGCUCGUCUAAUAUCCACACUAUCAUACCAUUUUUAGAAUGAGGCAAUAUAAUGUGCAAGCGUUCUAAGUGUUAUGCUAGUGUGGCUAUAGGAAGAUAUCCAUUGUUGUAGGCACUUUGUGAUGGCACCAAUAUUAAUAGGAUCCUGCUGUAUUGUAAAUGUUGAGUCCUGUGUAUGAAACAACAUAUUUUAAGAUUCUUUUUUAUAAUAAAAAAUGUGGAAAAGUGUAUCAUGA